GGCAGUUCAAACAAGGUCUACCCUUUUUCUUCAUCAUCAUCAUCAUCAUCUUCAAAACCAAAACCCUCACACAUCAAACACAAAUUGAUCAUCACAAAAUUCAAACUUUCUGAUCAACCAGUUUUUUUUUUUUUUUUUUUCUUAAGAAAUUGAUGAGAGAUGUCGAAUUAUCACGGGGAUUUCAGUCAAAAGAUCGAUUACGUGUUCAAGAUCGUACUAAUUGGGGAUUCUGCUGUGGGAAAAUCUCAACUGUUGGCUAGAUUUUCAAGAAAUGAGUUCAGUUUGGAUUCGAAAGCUACCAUUGGUGUUGAGUUCCAGACGAAGACGAUGGUGAUCGAUCAUAAGAAUGUUAAAGCUCAGAUUUGGGAUACUGCUGGUCAAGAAAGGUACCGCGCUGUAACUAGUGCCUAUUACAGAGGAGCAGUGGGAGCAAUGUUGGUGUAUGACAUAAGCAAACGUCAAUCGUUUGAUCACAUUGCCAGGUGGCUAGAGGAAUUACGUGGCCAUGCCGAUAACAACAUCGUCAUUAUGCUCAUAGGAAACAAAUCUGACUUGGAUUCUCAACGCGAGGUAUCAACCGAUGAUGCAAAAGAAUUUGCGGAAAGAGAAGGUUUGUUUUUCAUGGAAACAUCUGCGCUUGAAGCUACAAAUGUAGAGCCUGCAUUUCUCACUAUUCUUACGGAGAUUUAUCGAACAGUUAGUAAAAAGUCUCUUGUCGCUAACGAGGAAUCCGAGGGGAGUUCUGCUCUUCUUAAGGGGACGGAUAUUGUUGUUCCGAGUCAAGAAGUUGUAUCCGGAAGAAGCAAGUUUGGUUGCUGCUCGUCGUAGUGAAUCAUGUGUAUGUCACAAACUUUUGGUUUAUGCUUCUUGUGUAUGAAAUUUUAUAGUUGAUUUGAAUUACUCUCUCUUAACUCAUUUCCAAAAGAAAUGUAUGAAAUAUGUUACAAUCCAUAGUUAA